ACAACAUCCAAACUUCCCACGAACGUAGAGAGGCGUUAUCAACUGUCUUCCACUCCCAAAUUUCUCUGCCACAUUGGGGACUGUUCAAGAGGAGCAGGACAUGUUGGUUGUAGUAAGAGAAAUUUGAAAGUACUCACUUUUAUGGAAAUCAUAAAAGAGAGAAUCUCUUUUAUUUUAUUUAGAAUCAUCCUUGAUGCAUUUAUUCUAAAAGAUCAUAAAGCCAAAUAUCUUCCUCUUUGUUAAAUCUUUACAAAACUAAAAUUCUGAAAAGUCAGCCUAGAAUCCAUUCGUUUUUCCAGUUAAGAUUGGGCAUAAUUCUUAGUGGGUAGCACAAAAUCUAAUAUGCUUAUGAAGUUCCAUCCCAAAACACCUGCUAUUUAGAGUGGAGCUCAGACUAGCGGUUGGGAAUACCAACUCCAGAAUCUCAGACCAGGUCCAUAAUUGGGGUAGGGAGGGGCUUUGGGCGGAGCCUCCGGAUGGGGAGGAGGCGUCCUUAGAAAGCUGUGGGACCAGUCCACGGCUGUCACAACUUGAGUUAAGCCUUGUAGUAUUUGAGUGUGCGAGGAUCUGGUGUGUGAGUGGCAUUCUCAAUGAGAACUAGUUUCACUUGGCACUUGAGUGGAAUCUGCAACCAUAGGAGUUUCGCCCUCCCGGACUCCGAGAAAUGUGAGAGCUGCAGAGGCGACUGUCGCCAGCUACUCGGAGCCGGCAGAAACACUACUGUUCUUGAGAAAGGGCUCUACCGAAAGGUCAAAGUAGCCCCAGGGUUUUAGUGAGAAGGGAAGUGAAACGCAGUUAGGGAUUGGGAGCUACAUGGCAUGCACGGGUUUGAAGCCGGAGAAAGAGUCGGGAGCUAGAGCCGCGUGUAAUUACUUUCGAAGCCGCCGCCACUCGAGUGCCGGACUUGUGAGUACUCUGCGUCUCUCGUCGUCAGACUGAAGUUGGAGAACUCUCCCAGUUAGGUGACGAGAUCCUACAACUACCCUCUCCUCCCCUCCCCACUUGCCUCAGGGACCCGACAACUGCCACCCUUCCCCUGCCUACCGGAUGCAGGGCAAGGGCAGUAGCUGACCGGCACCGCCCCCUUCCGACCCAGGAGGUGGAGAGCCCCCCCCGCCGGUCCAGCCAAAUUCAACACCUAUUUUCUCUCCCCGCUGCUCCUAUAUUCCCGACACCUCCUCCUCCUUGCCCUAUCCCUCCUCCCUAGAGACAGGGGAGGAGAAAAAGGAAGUUCAGGUCGUCAUGACAGAGCUGAAGGCAAAGGAUCCCAGGGCUCCCCACGUGGCGGGCGGCGCGCCCUCUCCCACCGAGGUCGGAUCCCCUCUGCUGGGACGUCCGGACGCUGGCCCCUUCCAGGCGAGCCGGUCCUCCGACGCCUCGCCCGUAGUCUCGGCCAUACCCAUCUCCCUGGACGGGCUGCUCUUCCCUCGGCCCUGCCAGGGACAGGAGCCCCCAGACGGGAAGACGCAGGACCAGCAGUCGCUGUCAGACGUGGAGAGGGCGUAUCCCAGAGUGGAAGCCACAGGGGGUGCAGGCGGUGGCAGCUCUAGACCCCCAGAAAAGGACAGCGGACUGCUGGACAGUGUCCUGGACACGUUACUGGCGCCCUCGGGUCCGGGGCAGAGCCACGCCAGCCCUCCCCCCUGCGAGGCCACCAGCCCUUGGUGCCUGUUUGGCCCCGAGCUUCCUGAAGACCCCCGGGUUGCCCCCUCCACGCAGGGCGUGUUGCCCCCGCUCAUGAGCCGGCCAGAGGGCAAGGCUGACGACAGCUCCGGGACGGCAGCUGCCCAUAAAGUGCUGUCCAGGGGCCUGUCACCGUCCCGGCAACUGCUGCCCCGGACCUCUGGGAGCCCUCGUUGGCCUGGGGCCGCAGUGAAGCCGUCUCCGCAGCCCGCUGUGGUGGAGGUGGAGGAGGAGGAUGGCUCCGAGUCCGAAGACUCCGUGGGGCCACUUCUGAAGGGCAAACCCCGGCCUCUGGGAGGCACGGCGGCCGGAGGAGGAGCCGCGGCCACCGCUCCUGGGGCGGCCGCAGGAGGCGUCGCCCUGGUCCCCAAGGAAGAUGCCCGCUUCUCGGCGCCCCGAGUUGCCCUGGCGGAGCAGGACGCGCCAGCGCCGCCCGGACGCUCCCCGCUGGCCACCACGGUGAUGGAUUUUAUCCACGUGCCCAUCCUGCCGCUCAACUCGGCCUUCCUGGCCGCCCGCACCCGGCAGCUGCUAGAAGGGGAGAGCUAUGACGGCGGGGCCCCGGCUGCCAGCGCCUUUGCCCCGCAGCGGGGCUCGCCCUCGGCCACCCCAGUUGCCACCAGCGACUUCCCCGACUGCGCGUACCCGCCCGACGCCGAGCCCAAGGACGACGCGUUCCCGUUCUAUGGCGACUUCCAGCCGCCCGCCCUGAAGAUCAAGGAGGAGGAGGAAGGCGCCGAGGCCGCCGCGCGCUCCCCGCGGCCGUACCUGGUGGCGGGUGCCAAUCCCGCUAUCUUCACGGAUUUCCCGCUGGCGCCGCCGCCUCUGCCUCCGCGAGCGCCGUCGUCGAGACCCGGGGAAUCGGCCGGGGCGGCCGCACCCGCCAGCGCCUCUGUCUCGUCUGCGUCCUCGUCGGGGUCGACCCUGGAGUGCAUGCUGUACAAAGCGGAGGGCGCGCCGCCCCAGCAAGGCCCGUUUGCGCCGCCGCCCUGCAAGGCGCCGGGCGCGGGCGCCUGCCUGCUGCCGCGGGACGCCCUGCCCUCCACCUCGGCCUCCGCCGCCGCCGCCGCCGGGGCGGGCCCUGCGCUCUACCCGCCGCUCGGCCUCAACGGGCUCCCGCAGCUCGGCUACCAGGCCGCCGUGCUCAAGGAGGGCCUGCCACAGGUCUACCCGCCCUAUCUCAACUACCUGAGGCCGGAUUCAGAAGCCAGCCAGAGCCCACAGUACAGCUUCGAGUCAUUACCUCAGAAGAUUUGUUUAAUCUGUGGGGAUGAAGCAUCAGGCUGUCAUUAUGGUGUCCUUACCUGUGGGAGCUGUAAGGUCUUCUUUAAAAGAGCAAUGGAAGGACAGCAUAACUAUUUAUGUGCCGGAAGAAAUGACUGCAUUGUUGAUAAAAUCCGCAGAAAAAACUGCCCAGCAUGUCGCCUUAGAAAGUGCUGUCAGGCUGGCAUGGUCCUUGGAGGUCGAAAGUUUAAAAAGUUCAAUAAAGUCCGAGUUAUGAGAGCACUAGAUGCUGUCACUCUCCCACAGCCAGUGGGCAUUCCAAGUGAAAGCCAGAGAAUCACUUUUUCACCAAGUCAAGAUAUACAGUUGAUCCCCCCACUGAUCAACCUGCUAAUGAGCAUUGAACCAGACAUGAUCUAUGCAGGACAUGACAACACCAAACCUGAUACCUCCAGUUCUUUGCUGACGAGUCUUAAUCAACUAGGCGAGAGACAACUUCUUUCAGUAGUCAAGUGGUCUAAAUCACUGCCAGGUUUUCGAAACUUACAUAUUGAUGACCAGAUAACUCUCAUCCAGUAUUCUUGGAUGAGCUUAAUGGUAUUUGGACUAGGAUGGAGAUCCUAUAAACAUGUCAGUGGACAGAUGCUAUAUUUUGCGCCUGAUCUUAUACUAAAUGAACAGCGGAUGAAGGAAUCAUCAUUCUAUUCAUUAUGCCUUACCAUGUGGCAGAUCCCACAGGAGUUUGUGAAGCUUCAAGUUAGCCAAGAAGAGUUCCUCUGUAUGAAAGUAUUGCUACUUCUUAAUACAAUUCCUUUAGAAGGACUAAGGAGUCAAAACCAGUUUGAAGAGAUGAGAUCAAGCUACAUUAGAGAGCUCAUCAAGGCGAUUGGUUUGAGACAAAAAGGAGUUGUCUCUAGUUCACAGCGUUUCUACCAACUUACAAAACUUCUGGAUAACUUGCAUGAUCUCGUCAAACAACUUCAUCUGUACUGCUUAAAUACAUUUAUCCAGUCCCGGGCACUGAGUGUUGAAUUUCCAGAAAUGAUGUCUGAAGUUAUUGCUGCACAAUUACCAAAAAUCUUGGCAGGGAUGGUGAAACCUCUUCUCUUUCAUAAAAAGUGAAUGUCAUUUUUAUCUUUAAACAAUUAAAUUUUGUGCUAUGUCUGUUUUUGUUUUGGUCAGGAUUAUGAGGUCUCGAGUUUUUACAAUGUUCUUCUCAAAGCCUUACAUUUAUAACAUAUACUGUGUAAAUUUCAGAGAAAAUUAUGAGGUUUUAAUUAUUUUCCUUUAUAAAGCAUAAUUAGAAUUUUUAAAGUGUUAUUGUCUGCCCCUAUUUUCUUUAAGAGUUUACAAGAUUGAAAAAGUACUAAACUUGAUUGUUAAAGUAAA